UGGGGGAAACAAUGUAAACACAAAGCGGCUUCGGCUACUCUGUAGCAAUCAUGCAGCGAAAGUUAGCGCCUAACACUUGCUAACUCUAAUAUUUCCAGUUAAAUUGUUCAUCUCAUCUUGUUAAAUAGUCGGUGACGCAUAAUAAAACGCAUAUGAGUGAAUAUGGGUGUAAAGGGCUUACAGUAUUUCAUGGAGACAUGCCAUCCAGAUACCUCUGUGCCUGUAGACCUGAAACAGAUGGCACUGAAUCACAGUAAAGCCUAUCCUGACAGCAAUGCUACACUUGUAGUGGAUGGAAUGGGUUGUUUGAGAUACUUGUACCGCUGUCAAGCUUGGGUCCACGGCGGUCAGUGGCAAGAGUACAUGCACAUCCUGCAGGAAUUUAUCACUGCGUUUAAAGCCGCAGGUAUACGCUUAGUCUUUAUCUUUGAUGGAGCGGUUGAGGAACAGAAACGGGCCGAAUGGGUGAAGAGGCGUCUGAGAGUCAACCUGGACAUAGCAAAAAUAUUUCAGUACAUUAAAAGUCACAAUCAGCAGCCAAACAGCAGAGACCUCUUCUGCCUUCCCUCUGGACUUGCAACCUUCUCUAGAUUUGCCCUCAAAAAACUCGGCCAAGAAACGUGGUGCUCCGUCCGUGAAGGAGAUUAUGAGAUUGCUGACUAUGCCCUCUCUCACAACUGCAUGGGAAUCCUGGGUCAAGAUACAGAUUUUAUUAUCUACAACACAGUCCCAUACAUGUCUAUUAGUAAACUCAAUCUAAGCAAUAUGUCAACAGUGGUUUUCUCAAGAGAGAGGUUAUGCCAGGUCCUGAAGCUUCAUAUGACCGACCUGCCUCUCUUGGCCUGUAUGGUUGGUAACGAUAUAGUGUCUGAGCAGCAAACGCAGCGUCUCCGGAAUAUUGCUUUGGCAUCGUAUCGAAAGAAACACAGGCAGGUUCAGGGAGGCAAGAUCUAUGCGGUUGCAGAUUUCAUCAAUGCUUAUCACCCCAGUGAGGGAGCAUUUGGGCUUUCGUUUCUGCCAAUACAUGGCAGUGAGAAAGAGAUUUUAGAAAAAGGAAUGCGCACAUAUCUGCUACCUGGACAAACAUCCCCUUGGUUAGAGUGCAGUCCCACCAUUCCGGAGUCGGUGUGCUUGAUGGAGAAGUUCAUACCCUGGGAUAUAUUACAGGCAGCUAAAGAGAAGCACAUCCAUGCGGAGUGUUACUUGGUUUUUAAUGUGUUAUAUGAUGGAGUCGUGGAUUGCAGUAACACAUUGGAAGACGAGGAUGAAGUUGAGUUACCACCGCAGGCCAUCUUAUACCUGUCUGUGCGAGAACGCAUCUACGGCUUGUUGCUGCCGGCACAGCCAGAUUGUUCCAGUAACAGUUUGUCAGUCAAGGAAUGGUUUGUCUUCCCCGGAAAUCCUCUUAAGGAACCAGCUAAAGUCACUCCAAAGCCCCUCAGCCAUCGAGAAGUGCCCCCUGAUCUAAUGGCUCUGUGGUUCAGGACGGAUCCAGAGGUGAAAAGAGUUCAAGUAUCAACACUGCUGGGUGUCUUUGACCUGCACGACUUCACUGAAGACCUUCAGCAAUUUGACGCUCCUUUGAUUGCUGUGAUUUGUCUUGUAACCUACAUCGCCAUUCGGGCGAGACACCUUUCUCUGGAAGAUAUAGAUGCAUAUCUAAGCCAAGCUGUUUGUGUCAGAUUCAAGUCCUUCACAGAAAUGCAACAGAUCAGGACUCCUGUUGUGGACCCCAGAGCUGUCCAGCUCGGCUCUCUCUUUGUGCGGGGUCUGACCUACCUCAUCGCAGCCAACAGCGCUUGCGGUUUCCCUUUUCAAAUGGACGAACUCAUGCCAUGGAAGACCUUCGAUGGCCUGCUCUUCCAUUGUAAAUAUCUGCAAUCCCACUCGGGUUGUCCAAAUGAGGAACUUCUGGAAGGCAAACUGUCCUGGAUGUCUUUGUUCGUGUCCAUUCGAGCUGUGGUACUGGAAGCCUGUAGGAGGCGCGGCACCUCCAUCCACAGCCAACCACGCAGACUUCAGUACAGCCAGGCGAGGCCCGUGAAUGUUGAUGAUCUGCGUGGAGAAAGACGACCCCAGCUUCAAGCUACCGCACGUCUUGAGUUCAGCCAGCAGCCCGGAGGUCCCGCUCACUACCAGCAAGGUCAUAGGCCAAGACCAAGACAUUCAAAUAGAGGAAGGUAUCAUCUGGCACCAAGAUGGCCUCAAUCUCAAAACUAAAUAACUGCUUUCCAGUGGCUGAUGACGUGAAUUACUAUCCUCAUGUAUAAACAGCUAUGGAAACAGUCAUCUAUGGACAAAAAAAUCAUAUGAUGUCGUUCAUGUAACAUCGUUCGCUAUGAUGGACCUAUGGUUAUUAACAAUUUACACCUAAACAUCAUCUUUCCUCAAUGAUAUCCCAUUUAUUUGAUUGAAUUAUGUUGUACAGUCAGAAAGUCUUCUUUCCCCUCAUGUGUGCGGAUGAUAUGAAUCAGCAUCCUGAAACUACGUGCCAAACCAAUGCAUGCUUUCCUGUAGCUCGGGGGUUAGAGCGUGGCGCUAGUAACGCCAAGGUCAUGGGUUCGAUUGCACAUACUCAGAAACAAAUGUAUAGUAUAAUGCAAUGUAAGUCGCUUUGGAUAAAAGCGUCUGCCAAAUGCAUAAAUGUACAUGUAAAUGCAUGAUAAACAGUCAUCCAGACCCCACUGAGACUCAGAUGAUCUCCUACAUUUCAACCGCUGGUUUGGUGUCGACUCCAGUUGAGCACAAUUCCAAAGUCUAUUCGUCUGCCUCAACACAUUAAGUUAAGUGAUAGUCAAUAAGAUGUGCCAUGGAAAAUUGAUCAUGUGUUUGUGUCAGUACAGUGGAGAUGACUGGAGAAUAUUGUUGGUUUGGCAUCUUGUGAUCAAAAUGUUCCUAUCUUAAACGAGAUUGUAUUGAUAUUUAGUUUCAUGUCUGUCAUAAAUAACUUCAUGCUUAGUCAGUCAGUGUCUCAUUUCAUAUAAAAACACCUUGAUCAGCUAAGAUCCUUUCCUAUAGUGAUAACGUAAUUGUGAAACUUGUAAUGAAUGUAUCUGAUUAUAUGUUCAACACUUUUAUUAGUGUGAUCUCUGUACCCAUAUUGGCCAUAUGUUCCUCUGUUAGGUAUUGUUAAACAGCGGAAAUAGGAUAUGGAGAAAGUUCAACAGCUUAAGUGGUCAAAUCACAGCUCUUCCCCUUAUCUACAAAGAAUGAAACCCACAGGAAUGGAAAAACAGUGCUAGAUAAACACAUGAUUUGGCUCGGCAUGCCAGCAUACAGUAUAGGCAUAGCAGGAAAUAGACAAAAGAUUUAUUCAAAAUAAGAGCAGAAUUUCUAACCUUCAGCAAUAAUAUUGACACCAAUAACAUGCAGAAUUUGUAUUAAAUAAAAAACUCAUACUCAUAGUCUGUUUCUGUUUUAACCAUCUUUUUAGCGUAUUAGCAACUUGUGGUCAAGCUUCACUUCAGUCUGCUCAUGCACAUACUAUAACACUUAACAGAUGAUUAUGAUUGGCUAUUUACAAAUGAAUUGUCAUCAAUACAAUUUUAUUCUUACAGUGCUUCUCACAAUAAAACAUAUUUUUACGUUGUCGAACAAUGUAUAAAUCAUAAAUCACACUACAACAAAUAAUUGUCAUUAAAUGACAUUCAGAUAAUCAGUUGCAUAAUACAUUAAAGUAAGAAAAUAUAUGUGCUUUAAUAGAUGUCAAUAAGUCCACCAGUGAGCAGCCAAAGGCGACUGUGGAAAGAAAUCAAAAUUCCGAAAGGUGUAGAAGUUGAGAAAAAUCCUUGAAAGAAACCAGGCCAGUUUUCGUCUCAAAUUAAAUAUGUUAGUGCUAAUGAAAUCUAUACUAUUUGUAGAAAUUAACCAAGCUGUAAAAUAAUCUAUAGGUCUAUAGAUCUUAUGCUAUAUCAAUAUACUAUGAAAAUCAAAGCUACACUGUAAAAAAAGUCAUUUUAAAGAAAAAAAAUCCCAGAUUUUUCAGGUAUAAUGCUAAUGUACUAUUUUUUGUACCCAUUUUUCACAUAUUUGUGAAAUGCUGUAAAAAACCGUAAAAUUAAAGAAAAUGUUUUUUUUCUUUCUUUUCAAGAAAAACGUGAAAUCUGUUAUUUACACGGGAGGAAACGUAUUACACGAUUUUGCAACGUGUUAUUUAUACCCAAUUGAUGAAAAAGUGUUGAAAUUGCUAUUACCUUUUGGUAAGGUGUUACAAAACUAUUACAAUAUCUGGUCGCAAUAAUGUACUGUAUAUUGAAAUGUUUGUUGUGUACAUUAAAAAGUGUAUUGCUAAGUAAGUGCUAGAUGGUUCAUUAAAGGGGAUGUGCAACAGUGUUUCAUGCAUUCUGACUCAUGUACAAUGUUAAAAGCUGUCUUGUCAUGCUCGACAUGGUCAACUUGACAAAAAACGAGUUGGACGUAUGACAUAGUAUUUCUGUGCUCAAUACACUCCCCCAGCGUUCGUAUAGGUUUCGGAAAGUUUUUUCCGAACAUGAAAAUCCGUUUUGUAACAACUUUUCUUAGUCCCUUAUUGGGCAAUUCUCCCAGAAAAGCACGCCCAUGGCAAGGUGAAAGAAAUAGCCCGCCCACGCGUCAACGACAAGCGAUAGGAAGACCCGCUUACCAUCAAGAUUGGCUGUGCUGUGGGCCUGCAGCUGCAGCUCUUUACUCUUGCGAUAGCGAGAGAAGUUGAGGUGUGUUUGCUUGUUCACGGAAUUUUAGUUAUGGAUGUUAUAUAAACGGUGUAUAUAACGCUGGAUUUGAAGAUCGUUUGCAACUGAUAAAUGAAGCGGUCCCAGCGCUAAAAGAUGCCGGAUAUGAACCGCAUGCGGUUAGUGAAACUAAGUCAUAUGUCUGUGUUUUGUUGGCAAUGUGUGCGCACAUGCUUUAGUUCCGCCCCCGCAUCCCCCCGCACGUGUUGUAUGUUUUCGUAAAUAGUCGUACAGCUGUAUCUGUCUUUUAUAAAUGUGAUCAAACUAAAGACUACAGAUAUUUGAAUGGUGCGAUACUAUUCUGUAAGUACUCAAGAUUAACAUGAGAUAUGCAGAAACUGUCUGAGUUAUGGCCACUUUAAUGUUUUUGGUCCAUUUUUGAAGCAUUUUUCUGCUAUUUAUUAGCUAACAGUAUGUUAUCAAGUAUAAGGAGUGCACUCGCAUUCCUUAACAUUAAAAAAUGGACUUAGAGACCCACCAAACUCUCAUUUUGAUUACUUCCUAAAGCAACUGAACAGGACGAGGUAAAGAGAUGUCCUAUGCAAAUAUAAUGUUGAAUGAAGUUAUUUAUAAAUGUACACAAUCAUUUCCGCAGUAGUGUUAUGCUUCGCUUCUAAAUCUGUUUGUUCAGACAGCUCUGUCUUGGCGCAGGCCGCGUGCUGAUUGUGUAUCCCGGUUCAUUUUUAAACUGAAUAAAUAAAAGCUCUAGAUUAGCAACACUACAGAACAUUGUCCUUUUCAUCUGUUUAAUUAUAGCUUACAUUCGAAUGUGUGUGUGCUAAUGGUAAAUAUAGCCUCUAUUCUCAUGGCCGUGCGGUCAUGGCUCCGCGGGCUGACGCUGGCGUUAGCGUGCCGGCCGGGUAAGGGUGGGAGGCGGUCGUCUCCGCAGCCUCAGUGUUUGUUGCAGCAGGCGCUGUGGGGUGGAGGUUGAGACGCACGCUGCCACAAGAAGCCAGACUUUGGCACCCUGUCAUCGCUGUUUCCUUCACAGAGCACGAGAGAGCUUAAUGGAGAAACAGCAGGCACGACGGAGCCAACGAUUAUCUGCCUCUCCGUCUCUCUCACACACACACAUGAAUAUUUUCACUUUUUCCUUAUGGAACUAAAGGCAGGCGGGGCUGAUGCUUCAGAUUCAGGGUCUGCAUUGGGGAAAGUGGGUCUGGGCUGUGAUGGAGAAGAGAGAUUGUGGGCAAAGAGACCCCCAGAAACAGAAACCACAUGGGUGUGACAUUCUAGAUUCUGUGAUCAUUUGUUUUGGUUGAUAGGUGAUCUGCUCAGAAAAAAAAUCAGAGGAGAUCUCUUGAAUGUCUCAAUUAUUUCUCCUAGACAUCAAUGAGAUUAAAUGGAGAGCAAAUGGAA